UCAGAGUUGUGAUAAAAGGUUUGGGUGGGCCGCGAAAUAUUUUCAAAUUGGGCCGCGGCAUUCUUGAGUUUGGGAAUCGCUGGAAUAGGACGACCCCAUGAUAUAACUGUGCAAUAUAAAAUGAAUGACACUUCUAAUUACUUCUGAUUGUAAAGAGCUUGUGGGCCAUCAUGUCAAAACUAAAAUUAAAGAAAUGAAUAAUUAAAAAAAGACAAAACCUGAAUACGUUUUCCAGCUGUCAAAACACAUGUGUAUAUAAUGGCCGUAACGCAUCUAUGACUGGGAGACAUUUACUUCAACUCGGGCCUCUAUUGUUGUCGGCCUCCAGUGACCGUCCUGUAUGACGACCACAGUUACAUCAUAAUGCAGAAUAGCAUGACGAGCCAUAAUCCCAGUGUCUGUGUCUGCUGACGGGUAAACAGAGAGCCGGACUACUGCACUUGUGUUCCGACUGUUUACACAGGAUCACCUUUCGCACUAUUGUCUUGUGGUGUGCCAAGUUGGGCUGUAAUUACCUGGCUAAACGUCACAGUUGGGCCUAUUUAAGCGACCUGUUAGGCUGAACCCUGAAGGGAUGCAACACGGCUGGAAGUCAAUCUGCAGUUUUCAGCCAUAUGCAAAGUCUACUAGCCAGAAAUGUUGAGAUUUCUAAACCACAGUUUUAAGAAGGCAGUCGUCUUACUGACUUUACUGACAGGAUAUGGACAUGCCCAAUGCACAACUCGCCGAUGUCUGGCUGAAAUGUUAAUAAAAAAAGAAUAUCUAUCUCAGCCACAAACUGAAAACUGCACCCAGAAUAUUUUUGUGAAAUUCCUUGAGUACCAGACUCUGUCAGUUGACACAAAGAGUCUCCUCUUGAUAAGUCGUCUGCGAGCCACCCUUGAGUGGACGGAUCCUGAUCUGGCAUGGAACACGUCAGUUUACCAGUUUAAUGAAGUCAUCCUGCCAGUGAGUAAAAUCUGGUCCCCAGAGCUCCACGUCACAAAUGGAAUAACAACAGAAAUGUCUCACAGCUCCCCUGAUCUGCUGGCAAACAGUAAAGGCACAGUGAUCCACAGUGUGAUCAUAAACGCACAGGUGAUCUGUGAAGUCAACCUGUUCAACUAUCCCUUCGCCAGCGAUAAAUGUCCCGUUGCCAUCCAAGGCUGGUCGAGGAUGGGAUGUGGUACAAAUCUGGUAUUCGGUGAAUUAAAGACGGUUAUUGCGUCCAGUGGAGAAUGGGAAACUGGCAAUGCAACGCUCGAGAGAAAGAGGAGUGACCGCAAUUUCAUCCUGGUGCCGUUGAGCAUCAAAAGUACCCAACCCUUCAUCACGUUAGUGCUGCCCAGCAUUCUGAUCGUCAUAGCCGACGCGGUCAGCUUCGCUCUGCCAUUGGGAGGAGGUGAACGCAACGGAUUCAAAGUCACUCUGGUGCUCAGCUUCACCAUGUUCCUCAUCAUCCUUAACGACGAGCUCCCUGGAGACGGCGAGUGCAGCCCCAUCAUCCGUCAGUCCCCACUCCAUGCGUUCACCGCAAACAAUUCACCUCGAAAUACACCAAACGGCGUCACUCACCGCCUCUUUGUGUGUCCCGCAGGGUUUCACUUCUGCUGCUGCCUCGUCAUCCUGGUGGUCAGCAUGUUGUGGUCCAUGGUGAUGACGCGGUUGUUCGCGGAGGGCCGCUUUGGUUUAUUCCGCCAAUCCAAAGGGCCGGUGUCAGGGAACGCAGGAGGCGGAAAAGCGAAGGAAGACGAGGAAGUCAAAGCUGAGGUUGGUGUGGACGUGCUGGGCGGCGUAAAGGACGAUGCUCAGAUGCUCAGAAAGGUGGUCAACUUCCUGGAAGCUCUUGAUGCAAAGACACGGGAAAGUGACAGAAAUCAGAGGUUUGCCAGCAAACUGGACCACAUAUUCUUCUGGUUCUACUUAAUUUGUGGCAGUGCAUACCUUAUUAUCAUGAAUUCGGUGAUGGUUGCGUAUGAAUGUUCAGUUGACCAUUUCGAAUUUUGGUACUAAUUAAAGACAGUCACUAUAAAAACAGCUUAACUGAGCUGUUCAGAUUCAGACAUGCUAAUCUCAGCUCAUAUCUGCUACAUUUGUUGCAUGUGUUUGAACUAACUUUCUUUGUGUUAUAUAAAAUGUUUUAGUGUUCAUUUUUACUUGUAGUUUUACUUCUGGGUGUUUUAUUGCAUAUUUCUGAAAAUCAAACAAAUACAGGAGUUUCUCCUUUACUCUCUUGGUGUCAUUUUGUGUCACAUGAUUUAUGUGAGUAGUUUUAGUGGUGCAUUGGUUCAACAAGCCCACAAUUCCAAUUCUGUAUUGCGUUUGUAGGGUCACAGUUUUAUGUUAGUUUGUCAAAAUCAGUGUUUGAAUUCAAAAUACAUAAAUAUAUAAAUCAAGCAAGUUAA